CAAGUAAAAGGGCAAAGUUGAGAACAAAUUGAAAAUACCAAAAAGGUAACAAAACGGCGUCGGAUCCUCCAUGGUUUCAGCGAUCAAACCGGUGCUGGAGUGUCAACGACAAAGCAGAGAGGGUUUAAUGGGCAAAACCGAUUAGAUUAAUAAUUCUUCAAAUUCCUUGAUUUUGGUUGAAGUGGUAUCUCAGAUUGUCGAUCGUAUAUUGAAAUUUUGAGUAGGUGAUUGAUUUGGAGGAGGAUGGUGCUGGUAUUAGCAUUGGGCGAUCUUCACAUCCCGCAUAGGGCUGCUGAUCUUCCCGCUAAGUUUAAGUCUAUGCUUGUUCCUGGAAAGAUCCAACAUAUCAUCUGUACUGGUAACCUCUGCAUUAAAGAGGUUCAUGAUUACUUAAAGACUCUUUGUCCUGACUUGCAUAUUGCUAGAGGCGAGUAUGAUGAGGAGACACGUUACCCCGAGACCAAGACGCUAACAAUUGGUCAAUUUAAGCUUGGACUAUGCCAUGGCCACCAGGUUAUUCCAUGGGGUGACUUGGACUCAUUAGCCAUGCUUCAAAGGCAAUUGGAUGUUGACAUACUUGUGACUGGCCACACCCAUCAGUUCACAGCAUACAAACAUGAAGCAGGGGUUGUUAUAAAUCCGGGAUCUGCUACUGGUGCCUACAGUAGCAUCACAUAUGAUGUCAACCCUAGCUUUGUUUUAAUGGACAUUGAUGCCCUGCGUGUUGUGGUCUAUGUUUAUGAACUCAUCGAUGGAGAAGUCAAAGUUGACAAGAUUGAUUUCAAGAAGACAACAACACAGAAUGCUAACUGAAUAGCAGAAUAGUAAUUCAGCUGAUUUUGGUGGAAUCUUAAGAGUUGAUAAGACAUUAUAUUCCUUUGUUUGCUUGCUUCCAAGGCAUUUUCGGCUGCCUUUGUUCUUUAUUUUCCUGUUGCUUCUGAUUAUUCAGGUUUAUGUCCAGUUACUCGAGUCAGUGUGCAUUGAGAAUUCAGUUGGUUAAAUUGGUAAGUCUUCUGGGGGAAAAGGGGUUGGAAAAAGUCCACUGUUUAUUAUGCUACUAAAUUCCUUUUUUUUUUUUUUAAUAUAUAUGUUCGUAAGUUGAUAGACUGA